UAGACAGGCUAAUUGAAAUGUAAGGUAAGGACAGGGACAGGAGAGGGGGAGGGAAAGGAGAGGGAGACAGAAACAGCUAGAGGAAGAGAUAGAAAGGAAAAGAGAAAGACAGAAAAGAGAUGGGGAGGACAGACAGCACAAACUGACCAACACAAAAAUAAUUUCAAGGAAACUGAAAGGCUUUACACAAGGCUCAACAUGGCCACCUCUAUUUUGACCAGUUUGAAGUGACCCCGACCAAGGACCUUUCACCUGCAACAGACUUGUAUCCAUCUUAACCGACUUCCAGCUGCAGUGUCCGAUCUGUCCUGGACCUGCUGAAGACCAGGCAAGGCCGGAGAAGGAGGUACAGGUUCUCUAGGAGGCGAAGGACCCCCCGGCCAAGCAGGAAGCUCCAGCGUCGUCUCUGCAUCGCCAUGAGGACAGCCAGGCGCGCCAGCGCGGUGGAGGUGCCCUCCUUCCUCCGCCAGCUGGCCAAGGAGACUGAAAAGAUGGUCACCUUCUUCUUCAAAGGAGGGCAGCGUGACAACCAGGGCGGCGAGGAUGGCGAGUUUGAGGAUGACGAUUCUUACCCCAGCCCUUACCUGGACCGGCCCAUCCUGGAGAAGCACAUCUCGGAGGGGGGGUCACAGUGGGGGGUGAACUACGCCCUGGCCAGCAUGCAGGGCUGGAGGGUGCAGAUGGAGGAUGCCCACACCUGCAUGCCUCAUCUGGAGGGGGAGCUGGCGGAGUGGGGGUACUUUGCCGUGUUUGACGGACACGCCGGCAGCACCGUAGCGGAGUACUGUGCCAGGAACCUGCUGGAACACAUCCUCCAAACAGGGGGAGUAAAGCUUGAGAACGACGCAGACGAGGUGAAGGAUGGGAUCCGGGAGGGCUUCCUGGCGAUAGACAGGCACAUGCAGAAGCUCUCUCGCCAGGACAACUGGGAGCGCAGUGGCUCCACCGCGGCCGCUAUCCUGCUAUCCCCGCACCACGUCUACUUCAUCAACUGUGGCGACUCACGCACGCUCCUCUGCCGUGACGGAAAGGUGAUCUUCUACACAGAGGACCACAAGCCCUUCAACCCCAGGGAGAAAGAGCGGAUCCAGAAUGCCGGUGGGUCCGUCACCCUGCAACGGGUCAACGGUUCCCUCGCCGUUUCCCGUGCGCUGGGGGACUUCGACUUCAAGGAGGUGGAGUGGCGUGCGCAGACGGAGCAGCUGGUGUCUCCAGAGCCCGAAGUGUACGAGUUGGAGCGCUCGCCGCAGGACGAGUUCCUGAUCCUGGCGUGCGACGGUGUGUGGGACGUCAUCGGGAAUGAAGAGCUCUGUGCCUUCGUCAGAAGCAGGAUGCAGGUCUGUGACGACCUGAGGGAGAUAUGCUCACAGGUCAUCGACCUCUGCCUCUACAAGGGCAGCUUGGACAACAUGAGCAUCAUCAUUGUGUGCUUCCCUGGAGCCCCCCAGGUCUCCCAGGAGGCCCUGAAGAAGGAGGCCGAGCUGGAGCAGCUCAUAGAACUCAAAGUAGAAGAGAUUAUUCAGAUACUGAAGGGCAGGGAUGAAGAUCCUGACUUUCUGUAUGUGAUGAAGUUCCUGGCCUCUGAAAACAUCCCUGGUCUACCACCAGGAGGCGGCAUCACAAGCAAGAGAGAUUGCAUUAUCUCAGCCUACCAGAGACUGACCAUGUCCCUCAGACCCCAGGAACCAAUGGAUAUUGAAGGAUCUGAGGACUCCAACUAACUGUUACCAGAGAAACGGAACACUCAAGCCAUGCCCAUGCAUCCCCAUGGUGAAGAGUUCCCGCAAGAAUCGUCCAGCAAGCUUAACGAGGACAUGUGGUGGGCGGGAGUUUGACAAGAAAAUGACCUCUGUUAGCCAAUCAUCUUCAUAUUCAAAUCAACUCUGCGCCAAUACAUUCUACAGCUGCCUGCAUGCUUUAAAUAGUACAGUGCUUUGUGGUGUCCAAUGGAAACUACUUUUCCUACAAUUGCUAUCACACAUACAGACAGAUAAGAAGUGUUUUCUGAAGAGCUUGUCUGCUCUCCUGGUGCCUGUGUAAAGUAUUUAGUCUCUUUUUCUGUAGUUAGUUAGCCUGGCAUCGCCAGUCCAAUUCACAAAUUAUUUGGUCACUGACCAAAAUGUUCCUGGACGCAAUUGGAUACAAUUGGAUAGAUAAAAACAAUCAGACCAAUGAAACGUCAUCUUGGUUGUUUACGACAAUGCCUCAACGGCACUCAUCGUAUUAAACCCGCCCCAUAUAAGAUAAAGGGUUGUGAUUGGCCUGACCAGAUUCUGGCCAGGAAGGAAAUCUGUUUAAAUGAGAGGGUGGCCAGACCCAUCUGCCAGAGCAAAUAAAACAGGAGCUCACCGGUUCAUCUGGUUCCCAGGCCAGUAGUUACUAUCUGGACAUGGACGUUUAUGGUUCACAUUUUGAAGUGAACAGAAAAACAAAGCAAUUAUUCACUUUCUGUGGAAAUAUUUUAUUACUACAAACUGAAUAAAUACUCAGAAGUAUAAAGAGC